AUCUCAGUCCGUCCGUGGAGCCCGAGCGAGCGUUGGGCGUUCCCAAAGCCGCCGCCGAGUACGACACCAAGCACAGUGUACUAUAGGACCCCUUCUCCACCGACCCAGUCUAGACAAUCUGACCGCGGUCCGGUUUCCCCUCUCCCACCGUUGUCAGCAGUGACUCCUCACCCCGAAAAUAACCCAUUUGCUGACCCGGAUGCUUCAGCUACGCAUGAAGAUGCUACUACCGUGCAUACAGACAACACUAAUGCAACUGAGGGUGGAUUGAUUGGCUCCGUUGAACAUAUUCGUCGGCCAUUCAUUCCGACACUGUCAGAUGAGGUGGCUGUUCACCGCGGAGAUGUCGUCCGUGUUCUGCAAGCCUUUGAUGACGGUUGGGUGCAAGUUGAGAAGAUCUCCGUUGCGAACGCUGGUACAGCCGGAGAGAGAGGUCUCAUCCCUAUUGACUGUCUACGCGAAGCUGGAGAGGCACUACCGUCUUUCCUGGCAUCCAAGCGUGUCAGCAGCUAU